AUGUUAAGGAUCAGAGAACCUGCUGCUGCUUGCCCAGGCGGUGGCUUGGGCGACAGGAAACUGAUUGCCGUGGGGGCCGUCCUGGGCUCGCUGCUGGUGGUCCACCUGCUGGUCAAUGUUUGGCUGCUUUGCCUCCUGUCUGGGUUGUUGGCCCUGCUGGGCGGGUGGUUGGGUUCCCGAGCGGUGAUGGGGACCAGCAACCAAAUCCACCUGGAGAGGUUCCUCCUCCUCGAAAGCUGCCCUCGGAACCCUGAGGCGGAGAAACAGCUGGACGCGGAGAUCGAGAACAUGAUCCGGAAGAUCGUUCGGGAUUUCGUGUCCUCCUGGUACAGGGCUGUGAGCGGCGAGCAGGGCUUUGAGGACGAGGUGCAGAAGGGGAUGCUGGGCUUGGCCAUGGAGCUGAAGAGGAGGAUGGCGCUGGUGGACAAGCAAGCCCUGACCCAGAAGGUGCUUCUCCUGGGCGGUUGCCACCUGCAGACCUACAAGAAGGCCCGGGAAAAAGUGGAGGAGGCGGCGGGGGACCCCGGAGACCUGGCACCAAGGGCCAGUCAGCUGUGGCAAGCAUACUGUGAGCUGUCACCGCCUCAUGUGGCCGUCCGGAGCCCAGCCAACGAGGUGGACUACGCCAGGCGCAUCGUGGACUUGCUGCUGCGGGUCUUGGUUCCUGAACCGCACCUGGAAACCAGGACCGGGCGCUUUGUGGUGGUGGAGCUGGUGACCUGUAACGUGCUCUUGCCCAUGAUCAACAAAAUGGCGGACCCCGACUGGCUCAACCUGCUCUUGAUUGCCAUUUUCUCCAAGAUCGGUGGUCGAGGCGCUGGAGGAAAAGAGAAGGCGGAGAUAUUGUCGACGGACCUGGCUCUUUCCCCUUCCCGGCCUGCCAUGCCCGACUACUUGCCACUGGCAUCCCAGUUGGAAGCCACUCCAGAGGCCAGGGCAAGGUCUCCAAGGAGUUCUGAGCCUUCGGUCGGCGACACUCUGGAUGGUUUGGAGGGUCUGCUGCUAGAGGGGAAAGAACCCAUCAGCAGAGAGCUGAGCACUGACAUCAAUGGAAGGAGAGCUAGUAGCACGUCUAUGCCUGUCCUUCAGCCAGAUACUCUGGGGUCCUUCUUCCCCUGUGAAGACAUGGAAAUUGAGUCUCCUGUGUCCGAGUUAGGAAAAGACUCCGGCCCUAUUGUCCUCAUGCCUACCGAGGAAUUCCUCGCGGGCUCCCUGGCUCUGGAGGGACCUGACGGCAUGGAUCAAGAGGAAGGUCUAGCAGUCAGAGCCAGGUGCGUGGAGGAUAAUGCUGGUGCUAGCUUUGAAGCCAGUGUCCGGGCCACCCUCUUGAACCCAUGCCCGGAUAUCCAGAUUGUACCUGUAUCCGAGAAGGAGGAGACCUUGGCUUCCUUGACAGCUCUUCUGGAGGACUCGGAGAAGACUUUCUUGAGGCGGCCGUCCUACUUGGACAAAGAGUUGGUGUCUUCUGAGAGUUUGGCGCACAGCCCUCAGGACUUAGCUCAGCUGCCAGGGUUGCUUUCUUCCUCCCCUACUGCUCCCCUCGGCACGUUCAGCUUUGAGCCCCUCAGUAGUCCGGACGGCCCAGUCAUCAUUCAAAACCUGCGGAUAACUGGUACCAUCACCGCCCGUGAGCACAGUGGAACAGGCUUCCAUCCCUACACCCUGUAUACUGUAAAGUAUGAAACAACGUUGGACAGUGACAAUGCUAGCACUCUCCAGCAAGUGGCUUACCACACUGUGAACCGGCGAUACCGGGAAUUCUUGAACUUGCAAACCAGACUGGAGGAGAAGGCGGACCUACGGAAGUUCAUAAAAAAUAUAAAAGGUCCAAAAAAGCUCUUCCCUGAUCUUCCGUUUGGCAACAUGGACACCGACAAAGUAGAAGCCAGGAAAAGCCUUUUAGAGUCAUUCCUGAAGCAAUUGUGCGCUAUUCCCGAGAUUGCUAACAGUGAGGAGAUGCAGGAAUUCCUGGCCCUGAACACAGAUGCCAGAAUUGCCUUUGUCAAGAAGCCCUUCGUGGUCUCCAGGAUUGACAAGAUUGUAAUGAAUGCCAUUGUGGACACGUUAAAAACAGCCUUUCCCAAGUCCGAGCCUCAGAGCCCUACGGAAGAACUCAGCGAAGCCGAGGUGGAUGGGAAGUCACAGACGGAUGGGAAGAAGGCUACAAAGCCUAGGCUGAGGUUUCCAUCCAGUAAAAUCGCUCCAGUUUUGAAUGUGCCCGGAGCCCAAGAGAAGACUGCGUAUUCUUUCAGGGAAGGCACUACUGUCUCGGAGUUCCUGUCCCUGGCGGGAAUGGAGUCCUUCAUUCAGAAGCAGGAGCAGCUAAUGGAGGCGAUGUUCGACGAGAGCCCAGAAAGUGAAGGAGACGGAGUUAUGGACGCUCUCCAAGAUGUGCCACUUUUGGACAUGAAGCCCGCAGAGAUGCCACAGCAGCCAGCAGAGGACGGCAGCGAGCCUGAGUCGGAGACCUUGCUGGCUGACGUCGCUCUGGACCUCCUCCGUUUGAUCAUGGUUGAUCAUUGGAGCUGGCUUUGCACGGAGAAUAUGCAGAAGGUUCUGCACUUGGUGUUUGGGACCCUGAUCCAAAGGUGGUUGGAAGUCCAAGUGGACAAUCUGACCUGCACUCAACGCUGGGUGCAGUACCUUAGGCUGUUGCAGGAAUCCAUAUGGCCCGGGGGAGUUCUGCCCAUGGUGCCCAAACCUCUCCGGACAGAGGAGCAGAAGGCAGCAGCUGCAAGUCAGGCCUUGCAGAUUCUCAUGGGAAUCCUACCUGAAUUAAUCUUAGAAAUCCUUGGGACCAGUAAAUGCCAGCAGAGCUGGAGCCUAGUCCUGGAGUCCAUGCAACAUCCCAGCAUAAACAGGCACAUGGUUUACUGCCUCUCAGACAUCUUACUGGAGUUUUUGAUUCCUGACCCCCAAACAGAUCAGUCUAAAACAACCCCUGUAGCGACUUCUGUCUUUGGAGUGGCCGAGAGAGCUGGUCCUUCAUCCCACUAACCCAGACUGGGGUUGGUAGCAGCCAAGGAGCACAGCGUGUAUGUAAAGAAGAACCCAUAAACAUCAAUUCUUUGACAUUACAUUUCUGUAGGAUUGAGCCAAGGGGCAUUGAUGAAGACCCAUAAGACUGACUUCUUUCAGUGAUUGCUGAAUCUUAGAUGUACAGUCCAAAGUAUUUGCACUGCAGAAUAGUGUCCAUUUCAUAACUCAGGAGAACUGAAUACCAGUUCUUCAUUAGAAGGUAUCCUCUUCUUAUAGAGGUGAAUAAUCUUGAGAAUAGGACAAGACCUCACUGACAUUCCUGGAAAGAUGUGAUUUUAUUUCCUGCAUGUCUUUUAAAGCUAUAGUUAAGCUAGUAGGACUGGACACUCCAAGGCUGCCCUCAGCUAUAUGGGCAUUCCAUUUCAUGAUACCUCUCCAUCCCUCUUCUCUACAAAAUAGUUACAACAAAGAGAAGAAGACCAAACAUUUAGUAAAUAAAUCCACUCUCCCUU